AUGAAUAAUGCACCGGGGCUAUCCUCCAUCCAGCAUGGCAGCCUUUGGUUCUCGGACGGCAACAUCGUCCUUGUCACAGAGGCAGAGUCCAUGGAGGCCGCGAUCGCGUUCAAGGUGCAUCGAGGAGUGGUAGCCCGACAUUCCGAGGUCUUCGAGUCUUUGUUCGAGUUGGCGCAGCCUGUCAGUGAGGCCGAGUCUAUAGAUGGCUGCCCAGUUGUGUACAUGGUGGGCGACAGGGCGAACGAAUUGGGAAACUUCCUAAAGGCGUUAUAUGAUGGUUGUGUCUUUAAGCACAAGUCUGUCAACGACUUCUUCUAUCUCGCUGGGAUUCUACGAUUGGCUACGAAAUACCUCGUGAACCGACUGCGGCUGCAAGCCAUCGAACAACUCACAAAGACGUGGUCUCACACGCUCGACGGACACGAUAGCAUGGUCGCUCGCGCGUUAUCCACCCCCGCCGUUGGUGGCACCUCAUAUCCAUUUGUGCACCCUCUUCAUGUCUUGAAUCUUGCGCAAGAGACCCACGUCACUGUCAUCUUACCGGCAGUCCUCUACUUCCUCUCCAUAUAUUCCCUUGCCGACCUCCUACGAGCCGACCAUGCCAAACUGCAGGUCAAACACCCAUCCGCUCCGAGUUCGCAAUUGUCACACGAUGGAUUGAAGGACUAUACGCUCAUGUACCAACAUCGAAUGAACAUGAUGCUCGAGUUCAUCCAUCGCGUUUGUGGCGAUCGGGAAACGGACCCGGAAUGUCUGGGAGAACCGUUCCGCUGCAAACGCGCCUUCCAACGACUCACCUUCCAAAUCGCGACAGCGCUGUCUGUUCGUACUGGCGUGUUCCAUAAUAUGCUCCAAGCGAUUAGUUGGAUCGAGUCGGACGAUACCGUGUGCAAUCUCUGCAAGCGAAGCUUCCGCCGCGACGUGAACGCCCAACGCGAGGAAUGGUGGAAGAACCUUCCCAGCGUCCUCGGGUUGCCCGACUGGGAGAGGUUGGUAGCGAGGGACCUGUCCCCGGAACCCUAA